UCUCACGGCGUGCAGACGUAUGUAUCUAACGACUCGGCUCGUCCGAACACUCACUUUUGGCGGGUUUUCGCACGGACGCGGGUGAACGUGACGUGACUCGGAAUGCGCGCAUGUUGUCAACCCGCCCGGAGCGCCGUCGCAGUGAAAUCUGUGGCCAUUUGGAUUGCAGUGUUGGAUCGUUGGAUGGAAUAGUGCGCUCUGGCGUAAUUUUUUUGUAAGACAAACGGAUACGGUGUCCAUGAUGUUGACUCAUGCGUGACGCGCUCGAUCGCUGAAAUCGGGAUUAUGAUUAAUGACAAAUCGCUGUGUGUUGUUGUUAUUUAACUAUAUUAGAAUUUCUAAACACGUCAGUUUUCACACAAUAGAAACAAUAACUGGAGAUUGGAAGUUAAAUUAGAUUAGAAAAGUUAGAGAAACCGACUAGACCUUAUGGUUAUUGGUUGUAUCUAUGAUUAACAGAUCUAAUCACAGAAUUUAAGUGACGUAAAAUGUUCGUACGUGGUGUCGAUUAAAGUGCCAGUUGUAUUGUGUCUAAGUGUAUAAAUAAUUUGCAACAAUUUCGUUCGGUGGUGAUAAAGUGGGUGGCGGGGCAGCUGGUAUGCAUAUGUGCUAUGAGAGGCCGGGGCUGGUCAACGCGCUGAACGGAACCGUUGGGUACGACAAGUGGGAUCGGGGAGGGGCGGCGGGCGGCGCGGGGGGCGCGGGUGGCGCGACGUGGUCGGGUCGCGAGCGCGACGCCCGUGACGCCCGUGACUCCCGCGACGCCCGUGACACGCGUGACCGUGAGCGUGACAGGGAGCGCGAGCGGCAGGCGCGCGCCCAUCAAAUGUCGCACGCCCAUACGUCAGAGCCCCCCGACAACUCUUCGCUCUUCCCUGCACCAUUCAGAGUAACGGGCAACCGGGAUCGUGUGAGCCAGCAAGUUCAAAUUAAGCUAGGCGACUACCACCUCGCACAGACCUUACUCGACGACCCCAGCAAGUCUAUUGGAAUCUGUGCUGAACCUGCCAGCCCAGCGCCAUGUCAUCCAUCAAGGCGAGAAAGUGAGUUCAAAAAGCCUGCGCACGCGCCACAAAACGGACGGAUCCACCAUCGACCCUAUCCCUACAAUAAGAGCGAAGGCCUCAGCUCUACGGGGUCGACGGCGCACCGACCGCCUCCUCUACGGAUACCUAACGGUUUUACAGCUCAGAAUACCAUCGACAGCAGCAGUCAACCGCCUAUAGAAAGUAUUUUAAAGGAGAUGAAGUCCCUACCCACCCCCCUCUCGGUGAUAGCAGCCACACCCAGGAAAGAGGCCGAGAAUAAAUUUAUUUUCAACCCGUACACGAAUAAGGUGCAAGAAAACCCUCAGUUGGCAAACAACGAUCUCAAAACACCUGUCACUAAAUCUGGUUUGGACAGUCGGAUAUCCAACUCUAGGAAUUCAGUUUCACCUGACGUAGUUAACAAGGACCUUGGUCUGUCAGAGAGUGAUGAUGAGGUCGCAGCCACCACCACCAGGCUAGAGCCAAUCCUCUCACCGAUACGCUCCGGUGGUAGUCCGAGUUCCGGCAGCGAAUCUUCACCUUCGGACUCUGAGUCAGAGUCUUCCUCAGCUGAGUCCACGGCUCCAGCACCAGCCCCUGCCCCGGCGCCGCCACCCGCGCAGCGCCCCUCGUGGGGCCUUUCGAACUUCGCGCCUCCACCGCCGGAGCCUCCCGACCAUCCGGAUUUGACAAAUGUACUGGCUGAUGCGAAGGGAAAACCGCAGAGUCCGAUAUCGGAUCUGUCGGAUUCCGAAGCAUCGUCGCCAUCUCCGGGGGUUAGACGUCGCAGGUCUCUUGCCAAUCGCAUCUCCACUGCAUCUAGUGAUGAAGAGACACCUCGACCAGUGCCGGUUCGACCACAAGCAUCGCCAAGCGUGCCACCACCAAUUCCAAGCGGUUCUCAAAGCACAGGGGUCAAACGUGGGCGGCCGCCCAAAGUGCGAACGUCGGAAGAACGACCGCCCAAGAAGAAACGCGGCCGCCCAAAGAAGACCCGCCCACAGUCGCCGGCUCCACCUGACAGUGAGCCGGAACCUGAUCCUCCCGUACAUCAUGCUUUACAGGAUACUAAGACGCAUAUCUUUCGUAAGGUUUUCACCCCUAAAAAGGGUGACGAGUGCGGAGGAAAAGGUGGCAAAGGGGGCAAAGGAAAAGGGGGCAAGGGUAAAGGUCAAGUGACGAUAAUCGAAGUGACGGCGCCCGAAUCCGGGGCUGACGACGACGACCGCCACAGGGACCGCUCCACCGAAAGAAGGACCGAAGAAGCCAUUGCCAGGGUCUCUCCUCCACAGGAAUCAGAGACCUACACCAGAAGGCGAGACGCCGAGAGAAACGCUAAUGAAAGGAUACAAGGAGUUCCAAUUGAAAGGCCGGACUAUCGCCGCACCGAAGACAGACCGACUAUAGAACGCACUUCGGUAGACCGCCUCCCAGACAGAAUAACCAAUGAUCGGUUAGUCCCCGAGCGGAUGCCUUCAGACAGGAGGUCCACGGAUCGACUGCCCCCGGACAGACCGGAUCGGAACGAUCGCGCCCAGGAGAGAUUAUCGAACGACCGCUUCCAAGACAGAAUAUCCAACGAUCGCCUCCAGGAAAGAAUAUCCACAGAUCGACUCCAGGAUAGAAUUUCCACAGACCGCUUCCAAGAAAAACUCUCUUCCGACAGACUGCAAGAGAGAUUAUCAAAUGAUAGAUUGUCGAACGAUCUCAUCUCCCCUGAUCGUAUGUCCGACAGGUCUUCAGACAGAUUGUCGACGAGCGAUCGAAUGGAUCGGAAAUCGGGCGACAAAAUGUCGAUCGACCGGUCGAGCGAUAAGUUGGAUAGAUUGUCGAGUGAUAAAAAGAUAUCUGUGGACCGGGUGGAGAGGAUCACGCCGGAGAGAGCAGAGGCCGACGUUGGAUUUGUCCAGUGUCCAGUGCCUAUAGUGUCGGAGCGUCGCAGUCGUUCCCGAGUACUAGUGAGUAUUCCCUUGGGACGUCUCCGAGCUGAGCUGGUCCGUGCCUUGCGUACUCCGAGAAGACCUGGCCCAGCACCAGCGCAGGUCAACACACCUCUACAGAGCGAAGUAGCGGCGACGAACCACGAGCGGCCGACCCCGUGUCUGGGCCAGACUCCGAUCUACUACUCGUACUUCGAACAGUUGCCCGCUGACGCGCUUUCCGAUGAAGAGCGGGACCACAAAUACUACCUCGCGGAAGCAAAACGUCUCCGUUCAGCGGCGGAAAGCGAACAGCACGCUUUGCCACGCGUCAUGCUGUACCUAGAGUCAGUGCUGUGUUUCGUUUUGACCGGACGCGUGCUGGAGCUGGAGUUGGACACCAAAAGAGCCUUCACAAUAUACCGGGAGACCAUCGAGUAUAUCAAGUCCAUACACUCGAUGCCGCAGAGGAUCAGGGCCGAAGCGAGGAAGAAGGGAGGGGAACCUCACUCUACUUUCAGCAAACUGGAUAUAUUGAGCCUGCGCGUGCAAGCCUUGCUGUAUCUGCGCAUGUUCAAGAUGUACAAUCGUGAAGUGAAGGAGUACUACAAGAUCGUGCAAGAGUAUCAACAAAAGGUCGGUAAUCCGGCCUGCGCCGAGUCGGUUUCCCCCCUGUCCCCGACCCCUUCCCCCGCGGGGUCAGUGGGUUCGGGCGGUUCGGCGUCGAGCGGGUACUGCUCCCUGGCGCACGCGGUUCCUGCGCACGCGCACAACGCCCUACUUCAGCUCACCAAGUACUACACGUUCCUGUACGUCGCGCACGAUCUUUGGGAACAGGCCGAUUGUUUGUGCCGGUUGAGGCCUAAUCAAGAUCUGUUCAUAGCAGUGGAUCGAAAAUGCGGACCGCUGACUCUCUUCUCGACGUUCAGACAUCUCGUACAAUAUGUGCGUUACGCCAUCUCUCUUCUAAAGAGUGCCCCACAGUGACACACACAGAGACACACGAGCGUGUCUCGACCAGAGAGGGGCACACAGUCUCACACACGAACGCAGAGAAGCAACCAAUCGGGAUAUCGACGGACGCGGCCGGUUUGAGCGGACCAACGUGUUUCGAAGUUUUUGGCCUAAACUAUUUAGCAGUUUUAAGUAUGGUUCAACGCGAACGUACACGUAACUUUACGUAUACGUAUACGUACUGUACAUAUAUCAGAAGCAUCACAAUUUUACAAAUUUUAUUAUGAAAUCUUUUAGUGAAAAUGGUUUUGAUAUCUCCGUUCAUACGUUUGGUAUAGUUUAUCUCAUGAAUGCUGUCAGUUUGGUUCCAAAUAUGCCCACAUUCUUCCAUUUUGGUAGUAUUAUGUGAUUUAAUAUAUUGUUUUUGCUAAAGCUAUUAAACCAUAGUUUCUCAUACUACAGUUACUGAAUAUGACAUAUUGUGAUUCCUUAUUUUUAUCGAUUUUUGUGGCAUUGAUACGUUUAUAUGGCUGAGACAAGUAGACUAGCGCACUCGCGUCGGGUUUCUAUAUGGAUACCAAUAGUGAUAGCUACGAAUCGUAGUUGUUAAUAGAAAAAUUCCUUAAUAGAAAAUAGAAAAAUCUACAUAGCCAUUCGAUUUGCAAAUAAUUGUACUUAAACCAUGUAUUUAACUAACGUGUUCUAAAAGUGUUUUAAUGAAAUAACUUAACUUUUUGUUAGUUAAAUAUAUUGGCCGUAAAAAAUUCUAAAUGAAAUGUAAGCAAUAUUAUUAAAAUUACUAUUUUUAUGAGAAUAUUAUUUGAUUGAAGUAGAAUUAUAUAAAUGUGUAAAAUAUUUAAUUGCGCUACUAUUUUGCGAUACGAAGAACUCACGAAACCCAUAAACGUGACUCAAUCUUCAUUUUUUCUUAGCGAUGCUCGGAAAUUCGGUUUUGAAAAAUGUAAUUGGGUUAUCAUACAGUUUUAGAUUUUAAAUUUUGUGAACAAUAUUUAUAACAAUAUAUGGAAUAAGUGAAUUGUUUUCAAUAGAAUUUUAAAAGCGAACAAUAUUUUUCCGGAACAAGAGUCGAGCAAAUAUUUGUUUCAUUUAAAUUUAUUUUAUACAUUGCGAAAGACAAUAAACAUAGGAGAGUCAACUAAGUGAAAAUUUUAAAUUUUUCCAAAUGUAAAAUUUAAUAUAAUUAUAAUACGAACAAAUGGUAAAGUGCAAAUUUUGAUGAGACUACAAAGAGUACAAGACAUUCUAAAAUCGGUCGCGAUGCAAUUCAAUCUCUAACACCAAUUUUUAUCUCUCGGUUGUUUAAAUUUAUGUUGUGAUUGUAAAUAUAUACAUUUUGUAAUGCAUAUACAUGUUAGUGCCAGAUAGGUUUUGUAUGAAUGUUUAUAUAAGAGUUAGGGCGAGGACUAAGUACGGGCAUUUUUAACGAACGCACGACCAUAGACGGCGGACCUCGGACACGCACGCGUACGCAACUCGGCGAUCGUGCGAGAAACGAAAUUCUUGCAAAUUGAGAUGCCUUGUAUAUAGUAUAUUAAGAUGUAGUUUUCACUUUAUAUUUUAUGAACUAUUGCUAAGCGGACAAGAUAUUUGACAUAAGCGAUCGGGACGCGUGGUGAGGCUGACGUGUCUUCCGAGUCGAGUGUUGAGAGGAGCUUGCAGCGUUCGAUUUAGUAUAAUUUAGUGUUACAGGUUUUGACUACGUUAUCACGUUUAGGUAACCGACCUUGCAACUAGGUGUUUAGAAGCUGUCCUUUAGGAUAAGAUUCAGAGUCGAGUAUGGACUGAAUCUUCCCCUUGGACCCCGUCAAGUUAAUGAUUACCGCGUACCGAGCCGCGGUUCCUAUAUUACCCUACGCUAGUUACCUGCUAAUGACGCGAGAAGAUCACUUCUCUACUUAAAUAUUUAUUGCGUAUACAACGUUCGCUUAACGCAUCGGUUUUUUUCGUUCCAUAUGAAUCGGUACUUAUAUGCACAAACUAUUUAUAAUUUAUUCGUUAUUUAUUAUCACAAAUUGUAAUUUAUUUUAAUAAUAGCGCAGUUUACUUAAUAAGUCGCGAUUCGGGCUCUUCAGAUAGACUAACUAAAAUCGCUCUAACCGCGACUCAUUUGAGAUUACGUUGUGCCCACUGUGUGCAUUUUUAGUUAUAUUUGUGGCCUCGUCUAAUAAAACGCUUUGUAAGACGCGUCUUUACGUUUCUUAAAGCGUUCAUUCGACGCCUAAACAGUUAGAUCUGCGCUCAAGUGCCUUGGAAUCGCUAGUUUAUUUUUAUGUAAGUACUUUAAGUUUUAUUUCAAAAUUAUUCUUUCAUCUCCUUUCGAAACUCGCAUUUAUGUACUUUGUUUUUGUUGUACUUUUUUAGUUCAUAAUUAUGUCAUACUACAUUUGUUGCUCUUUAUCAGUAGGUUAUGUCAAUAGUUGUAAAGAAUUGUGAAUCACAAAUAUUUCAUAGUAAUUGUAAAUACUAUUAUGUCCCGAUUCGGGCGUGGUCUUAUAUCAAAUCCCUAAAAUUGAAACCAAAUUAUUAAAAUGAUUGUAUAGAAAAUGGUCCGAGUACGCCGCUCGGCGCGACAUUGUUUUAGGUAAUUUGUAAAGUCUGUUUUCUUAUUCUGUCAUUUAAGUAGUCUUGUGUUGAUAGUAUGUAUGAUUUGUUUUUUUUUUUACAUUAUUGAUUUAAUUAAUUAUAUGUAUAAAUUUGUUUUUCCUUUAAUUUUAUUAUUUGUGUAACCUAUGUUAUUGAUGAUAGAAUACAAUAAUUUUUAUGUAUAUAUAAUUUUUGGUUAUUUUUUUUCCUUUCCUUUUCGAGCUGCCAAAUAAUUAGUCAAUUUCAACAUAUAAGAUACACAUAGAAAUGCUAGUGCUUACUUAUUCUCAAAAUAUUUACCAAGGAUCAAUUCACAAAAUGGAAUAACAACUCGAUAUCAAAAUGUCGUACGGUACGACGAAAUAUUAACGUUUUUCGAGUUGUGCAAAUAUUAUACAAUUCGCAAUCAUACAAUUGCAAUUAUAUUAAAAUAGCCGCCAUGAUUAUGCGCUUAAUGCAAUAAAGUAGUUUUAGUGAAAUAAGCCAAGAUUGCCUUAUGCAAAGUGUCUUUCAGAACUGCCACAAUAGUUUAUAAUAAUUCAGUACCGUUAUUUAAUACUUCAUAUACAUUUUUAUAGAAGUAAAGGAUUGGAAAUGGUCUAGUCAAGUUAUGGGUGGCUAUCCACUUUGAAUCUAACAAAAGAACUUCGUGCUUGAAAUUUUGUUGUCUACAGUUGUCUAAAAAACUCAAUUUUUCAAAUACUACGGUUCGUUUUCGAUUUUCAAAAGAAAGUAGAGUGGAAGCCACGACAAGGAACGUUGCUAAGAAUAUUUUGAUAGGCGUUAAUUUUAACCGGUACUGAAUGAAAACGUUAGCAAUAUUGAGCAAUGGAUGAACUAAAAAUAUAUUAUCGUUGUCAAUAUUUUAUCUACGUAUAUACAAAGGAUCGCUGCAAGCUCGUAUAUUUUUAAAGUAUAUGUAUAUUACAUCGACAUACUACGGUCAAGCAGCUAGAAAUGUCUAAAGUUCAAACAGCAAAUGCAAAAUUGUUCUGGCUGCUUUUGGAAUAAGUACAUAAACUGCUUAUGUCAGUUAGCUUAUAUUAACGCUUUGUAUACGAUAGGUAAGGUACACAAAACAGCAGUGCAGCGAAAAGAGACAAAACGUAUCAUUAAAACGCAAAAUUAGUAGGUAACUUUAAGAAUCGAUUAGUUAAGCUACACGAGAUACCGUUUUGUUUAAUAACGCCUUGUUAUUGGCCUUUAUUACUGAUAUGAUAUCAUCUAAGUACCUGUUGAAUGCAAUUUAAAUGGUCGAGAAAUAUAUAUUUAUUGUCGCCUUUGCGUUGUUAAAUAAGUUAUAUAUGGCAUUUUGUAGACAUUAUUACUAAUUAUAUCUUGGCGUAUCACAAAAAGGGCUCCCGUACUGUUGAAAAGCAAAAAAAUAAAUUUGGCCAUUAUGAAAGUACUGUAUUAGUUCAUAAUAUAACAUAUUUACGUAGCUGAUAUCAUCUUUAUAUUAAUGUACAGUAUUCAAACUAUUGGGAGAAAAGUACGAAACAUUUUAAGGCGCUUCUGAAAUUAAUAUUACUCAAUUAUAUAAUUUUGUAAAAACAAUAACACCAUCUAUGUAAUAAGAGUGUUAUAUAUUACUGUUAAGCUAAACAUUAACGACUAUAUUUUUACAUUGAUUUGAUGUUAGAUUUAAUAUAAGUCGGCGUAUUAUAAGUUUUAUGUGUCUGAACUUUUAAAAUCAAUUGUAGUAGCAGCUAGUGAAUGUAAAUCCUAAGCGGAUAGUAUCAUUUAUUUUAGUAUUGAAUAAAGUUCAAAAUUAAAUUCAAAUUGUGCCUUAGUGAAUGGAAACCUAAUUUUAUUUGGGAGUAAGGAAAGAAAAGAGGUAAAGAGAUCGAUAAAUUUUCAAAUAGGUAUCAAAGUCAAUCUUAGUCUAAGAUUUACUGAUGCUUAAAUUGUUUGACCCUUUCUGAGAAACUUGAAUAUGCAAUAAUAUUUAACAAUAUUUCAUUUUAUAAAAUGUUGUAAAGAAUAAUUGAUUUUAUUUAGUAUUUACAUUAUAUGUAGUUGAGUAUAUGUCGUAGCAAUAAUUUAAGCGUGGCAAUAAGGUCUAGUGGUUUUGCUUUUGUGUCUUUGAAUAAUAUGAAAUAAGAUGUAUAUUGUACUUUUCUCGUCCUCGUUAGAGAACCGGAUGCUGUAUACUGCUUCUAAACUAAUUUCCAGUUUUAAUGUAUAAUUUUAAUUACUUAAUUCCACGGAUUAAGUAUAAGUAGAGAAUUUUAAUAUUUCGAUGUUCGUGUUCUUAUGUUUUAUCGCUGGUGUUGUAGUUGUUUCCUGUAUCUUCGAUCCGACCAAUCGCUUGAGUAAUGCUGGGUCCAAACUAUGCGUCGGUAAGAUAAAUUAAAAAUUCGUGUAAUUACUAAAAUACGGUUUCGUUUCAAAUUGGUGUUUCGCUAAGUUUGGUCACAGCAGGUAAAUUCUUACUGCUAUCGUUUGUUUGUAGCGACGGAUAAAAUAAAAUUCCAAUUGUAGUAUAAGACUAAGUGCCAACGCGACGCUUUAUAAGUGCAAUUCCUUCUCAAUUACUGUACCUCUGUUUACAUCGUAGAACUCUUAGAAGGCCUGUGUACUAACACAAUAACAUUCAUAAGAAAAUUUAAUUUGACUUUGGAACUGGACCUACACGCGCUAAAGUAACACUUCGGAUGCGUAUCGUUACAUUGUUGAAGCGUAACUAUAGCGCGAAGUUAGCACCGCUCGGAGCUCUCAAGCCUUUUAGAUGUUUUGUACGAAGUUCACGGCUUUUGAAUUGUCAACGGUUCGCGUGAGGGGAACAGCCGUCGGGCCCGAACACUUAACCGUAGUGCAUUUGAACGAUUAGUGUAAAGUUACCACGCCUGUUUACCGGGCGUUAGACGAAAAUAUUAUUUUUCUUAGAUCACAUUAUAUUGUAAAGUGGUAAAUUAUAGGAGUACGUGCGUAUGGUGCGUGCGCAGGGUUGUCGAGUUACAAACAAAUUGAUAUUUUUUUACGAGCGUCCCGAAGUGCGCAACGCACCAACGCACGUAUUUGUUAUGUUUAAGAAGAAAUAUCUAUUGUCUAUUCCAAGGGUUGAAUACUACCGACACUUUUUUAUAUUACAAUAAUUAUAGAAAUUAUUACUGAA